GUUCUUUCGCACUCGGUGCUAUCGUUAUUGAAAGCCAUGCCGACUGUGCUUGACCUCAGCCUCGGCGCCGCAGAAAUCGGCGUCGCCAUCGGCACAUUCCUGCUCGGCAUUACCGUCAUGCAAGCAUACCAAUAUUUCAGGAAGUUCAGCGAUCCAUGGCCAAUUCAAGGAACGGUGGCGCUUUUAGUAGCGCUGGACUUGACACACACGGCGCUGCUUCUACAUGCCGUCUAUCACUACACCAUCACAUUUUACGGCGUGCCGACCGAAAUCAGCAAGGCGACCCCUUCGCUCAGCACCGCCGUCUGCCUCUCCGGGAUCAUGGCCUUCGUCGUCCAGAUGUUCUUCGCCCGCCGCGUCUGGGCGCUGACCAAAAACCCGUUCCUCGCCGGGAUCGCAUACGUGCUCUCGACCGCGCGGUUCGGGUUCAGUCUCGCAUCGACUGCGGAAGCGUUCUCGCUCGGCAACUUUGCGGUGUUCGAGGUGAAGUUCCGGUGGGGCGCCGUGGCGACGCUCGCGGUCGGCGCGUGCGCGGACGUGUUCAUCGCCAUCACGCUCUGCUGGACGCUCGCGAAAAGCAAGACGGGCAUAGCAUCCACGGAUAAGAUGCUGGACAAGAUUAUUAUGUUCGUUAUGAGCACGGGACUUCUCACGAGCUUCGGCGCAGUUACCGAACUCAUCUGUUUCCUCACCAUGAACAACUUGAUCUGGCUCGCGAUCUUCUUCAUCCUCGCCAAACUGUUCUCCAUCUCGCUCUUGGUGUCCCUCAACGCCCGCCGGCACCUUCGCCGCCUGGACACCACUGCACACAUGAUGAACAGCUCAAGCCACAACGAAACCCACAACUCGCGGUUCAGCAGGAACCCUGUGCAGAUCCAGAAAAACGUAACGAUAAUCUCAGACACCGGAGAUAGGCAAGGUAAGGCGAUGGAGCUCGGCGGACUUAACCUCUCGCGUACCGCCGACGACAGCUCAGACUACAUCAACGACUACCUGAAAGGCGAUAACAAAGUCGGCCACGUCGUCUAG